GAGAAGGAGGAGGGAAUAUGUGGUAGGGUGGAAAGCGGGAAGGGGGUCCAGGGAAGGAAAGGGUCUCUGUUCCGUGAGAAUCUGGGAUUUUCAAAUUCAAGGGGCGUGCUCCAUCUAUUCCUCAUUCCGCCCCCUAUCCAGGCCCAGGUCCCCCUUUCCCGUAGUCCUUUCUCUGUGGAUCGCCGUUCCCACCGCCCGCCUACCCUAACCCUUCCCUUGCCCAGAGAUGAAGCCGAGGGAGCGGUCCCCUCCGCAGCAGCGAAGCUGGGGAGACUACGGCAGCAGCAACAGCAGCAGCGGGGGUGGCCUGUCUUUGGGCAUGCGCACCAGCACUGCGGCUGCGGGCCGGGAGGUGGUGGUGGGCCGGGGGCAGACCUCGGAAGACCCCCGCCCCUCCCUCCUCUAUGUAUGCCUUUUACUCGCUCCUGGUCUAUAUCUUUUACACCCUCUUUCGAAGGGAUGGGGAGGGAGCGGCUGCAGCAGCUCACAACGGGAACCCCUCGCAGGGUACUGGCUCCCUCCCCAGAAGAAACCGCCGCCACCGCCGCCACCCACAGCAAGAUCUUUGGACUGAGCUCAAUGGUCUAGACAGCUCCUCAGAUCCAGACUCUGAGAAUGACAGGGAUGGGAAACAGGAAGCAACAGCUGAGGGAGCUGCAGGCAGCUCCCCAGAGGUCUCUCUGGAAGAAGCCAUCACCCAUCUGGCUGAGUUCCUGUCUCUCCAGCUGGGAACAGGUGAAGGCUGGACAAGGUCCCUGGACCCAGACAAGGCUCCCCUGCUACUGACACUGACUGGGCAGCUCCUGGCAGUGGUAGCCUGGCUGCAAGGGCCAGGUGAGAAUCGACCACCAAGGCUCCAGCAUGGCCUCCAACAUCGACUUUGUGGAUCCCAGCAGACUGGGGCUCCAGCCCCUGCUACAACUUCAGCUUCAUCUUCAGGAGGGCAACCCUUAGCCCCAGAAGGCCCAAGGGUAACCAUGAGGGGUGAGCCUAAGGGACAACCCCAGCAGAGGGAAGAGGAACAUAGAGACUGGCAAUGGCUGGAGGGGACCACCUUGGGACAGAUAGAGGAAAUGAAGCAACAGCUAGAGCAACAGGAAGAGGAGCUGGGUCGACUUCGGCUGGGAGUGGGGAUCACAGACUCUGAGAAGCGGAUUCAGCACCUGACCCUGGAGAAUGAGGCCCUGAAACAGAGCCUGAGCCUUACCAGGGACCUGCUGCUCCAGUGGGGGCCUGGGCCCCUUGUUCGGACUCCCUCCCCUGCUCAGGAGGAGGCAGAAGUCCUCAUGGAGCUUAGGAGCCGGCUCAGAGAAACUGAAGAGGCAACCGAAACCCUCAGGACCCAGCUGGGGGUACAGGAAGGGCAGCUUUGGGAGCUCCAGGGAACCCUUCGAGAGCUGCAGGUCGAGGCAGCUGCCCAGGAGUCUGAACGAAGGAACAAGAGGGAGCUGAGGCAGAUCCUGAGCCAACUGGCAGGACUUCGAGGGCACAUAGUUGCCUUGCGCCAAGGCUGCGGGGACCUUCGUGGGCUGGUCAUUGCCUUCACCCAGAACUACCAGGGGGCUCUGAAAGAAGCCCAAGGACAGGUGUGCUGGGCCUUGGGGGAGCUAUCAGCCAGUCACUGGGGAAGGAGAGUCUCUGAAAAUCGGAAGAAACCUAGAAGAGCCUAUCAUGGCAGGCUGUUGGAGCUCAGAGGGAACAUCAGAGUGCUGUGCAGGCUGAAGCCAGGGAGCCCUGGGAACCUGCUGAAUGUGAACCCAGGUCCCGGGGGCACAAUCACUGCCAACUACCGAGGGCGCCAGCGUCACUUCCGCCUAGACCGUGUAUUCGCACCUGAUGCCACCCAAGAAGAGGUGUUUAGGGAGUUAGAACCUGCUGUGCUGUCCUGCCUCCAAGGUUAUAGUGUCUGCAUCUUCACCUAUGGCCAAACUGGGACAGGCAAGACCUACAGCAUGGAGGGUCCAACUGAGGAUCCUGGCAUCGCCCCAAGAGCCCUGCAGUCGCUCUUCCGGGAGAUGGGGGCACAGGGAGGGCCAAGACAGCACCGUGUGACAGUCAGCAUGGUGGAGAUCUACAAUGAGGCUGUGAGAGAUCUCCUGGCCUCAGGACCCCCUGAGCGCCUCACAGUGCGUCAGGGACCAGAAGGCUGUGGGGGAAUCCAUGUGCCUGGUCUCACCUGCUGGGACGUGUCUGAUCUAAGGGCUCUACACAAGAUGCUGAAUCUGGGGAGGAGAAACCGAGCCACAGCUGCCACCCACAUGAAUGAGCACAGCUCGCGUUCCCACGCCCUGGUCACCCUGACGCUGACCACUGCCCCGCCUCCUCACGGCCCAGGAACUGCAGGAACGCUGCACCUGGUGGAUCUGGCAGGCUCUGAGCGGGUGUGGAAGGCGGUGAUGACCGAGUCGGGCGGCCGGGCUGGGGUCCGGGGCCGGAGACUUCGGGAAGCACAGACCAUCAACCGCUCGCUGCUGGCCCUGGGGGGCGUGAUGGCGGCCCUCCGGGCCCGCCAGCCCCACGUCCCCUUUCGAGACUCCCAGCUCACCCGGCUGCUGCAACCCGCCCUGGGCCCAGGAGCCACAGCCGUAAUGUUGGUGCAGAUUUCAUCACGCCCCGAGGACGUGGGGGAGACGGUGUGCUCCCUGAAAUUCGCUGAACGCGUGAGCCAAGUGGAGUUGGGACCCGCCCGGCGACACAGGACCCCAACUUCUGGGACUCCUACGUCGUCCAGCGCCGGAGACACCCCUUUUUUGGGAACACCUACCACACCUAGCUCGGAGGGGAUCUCUCCUCAAGCAGAGCAGCCCUCUCCCUCAGGGGGCCUUCCUCCUCCAUAAUCCCACCCUGUGUCCUUCCAGCCCAAGUUUAGGAUUAGGGGAACCCCUCAACGGGCUGGGGUUGAAAGUUGUACCGUUUUCAAUAUACAGAAAUAAAAAAGGGCUGCCCUCACAUGCCGAAGUAUUCCUGGAGACUAAGGACUUCCCAUUUCCAAGCUCUUACCCAUUCUCUGGAUUGGAGCAAGGCUCCCAUAGAUCCCAACCCUGCCAUCUUCUCUUCCCCCCAUCUUAUCAAAUCCUUCCUCUUAUCAGCCGCUCUCAGCAGGGUGCCCAGACCCCACAGGAAAGGGGGAGGGGAGACCUCAGCUGUGACCACCCACCCCCAAUCACAGACUUUGGAUUUAAAGUGUCUCAGUUCUUUAUUGCCUCUAUCCCUGUGUGCCCUGACCCCCCCCCCCCCCCCACAAGCCCUGAGGCUCUGGAGCAACCAGCUCAUAUCCCUUUUCUCUACCCCAGCCCCCCACAACAAAGGUGCUAGUUCCUCCCCUCCCCAAGCCUAAGGGAGGGGCCAUGGGCAGCGUCCCAGCCUCUUCUUUCAGCCAAGAGAUAGUAUAAACUGGAGAAUGGACAGGACCUGAUGGAUGGAGGGGGAAAGCAUGAUAGGAAAGGGUGUGAUGGAGAUGUUAGGGGGUGAGAAUAGUGGAAAGAAUGAAGGGUCCUGUCAGGAAAAUGGAGUUGGGGGGUGUCUCAGUUUUGGCUCUUAAUUCAUUGAAUGACCUGAGUAGUUCCUUCCCCUCGAUGAACUUGUUUUCUCUCUCUGCAAAAUUAGGGGGUUAAACUUGUGGUCUCAAAGGUCCUUCCCAGUUCUAAGAUUCUGUGACAAAGGGACUAUCCUCAGGGCUCCAAACAGGAUCCAACUACAAAGUGAGUCUCUUCCUCACUGUCUCUCUCCCUCUGGGAAGCCAUGGCAGUAUCUUUCCACAAGCGAAGUGGUUCUAAUAAAAAUUUUCAAAAUA